UCUGGGCGUGUGCGUCGCGACGCCUGAAACACCCAGACAGGGUGGGAGACGUCCAGUUCGCGGUGUGAAUCCGACGGGAGAUGCUGUUGCACGUCGGGCGCGCGUCUCUCGCCAGAAGGAACGCAAACUAACUAAUAUCAGGGACGCAUCGCCCCAAAUCACGCGAAAGAGUUGAAAACGCCGGCGAAAGGAAGGAAGGAAGGUCGUGAAGGAGGGAAACGGAAAUGCGGGAAUCGAUUUUUCAAAUAACUCUUCAUAAUAAAUGAAUGAGGUGGUGGAGGUUCACCAAAACGGUGGAGAGAACGAGAGAAAAAAAAAAAGUUGAGAUGGUCGCGUGGAUGAGGUGGUGAAGAGGCAGCAGCAGCAGAAGCAGCAGAGAUGGAGGAUAAAUCGGUGGCGACGGACGAAUACCUGGAACCUCUAACGGCCACGUAUCUGGAGGUGGCGCGUCUCGAGGCGGUACUCAACGGUCUGGUGGAGCACAAGGUGGAGGCGAUCAAGAACGAGAAGAGCAACAAACGGUUGGCCUCCUCCAUCUGGUCCUCGCCGAACAAGAGGAAGGACAGCAGCGACAGGAAGAGGAAGCGAAGGAAACACGAGCCCAUCAAAUACAAGAAAACAUCGAGAAGCAAGCAACGCGUUUCGACGUCUUCACCGGAGAGUCCCAGGUACGGGGUGGGAAUAGCGAGGCCGCUACUGCACGAAGACGAAGCUUACCUACACUCUCCUUGCUUCUGCGGCGAAGACGUCGUCGAAGUGAUCAAUCCGGCUGCGAGCUACGAGGACAGAGACUACAUAUCGCUGAAGAUUGAUGACCUGGAGCUGGACGAGGAGGAAGAGGCGGAGCGGCGACGCGCGAGGAGGAUGAGGAGACGAAGACGAAGGAAGCGGAGACGUAGGAUGAAGGCGCAGAUGGCCUCCGCCGUCGCCGUCGUCGAAAACGUGAAGGUCAUAGAUCCGGAUGAGCUUCCCCAGAGAGCGAAGUGGACCAUCAUCGCCACCGCAUGUCUUCUACUCUUCAUGUGUCUCAUGCUCGUCGGAGUCACGCUUCGAAUGGCUCCGCUCAUCGACGAUAUGGUGCGUAAAGAGAACGAGGAGCUGAUGAAUUCGCUUCAGAGGGAGUCAAACGAUGAGACUGCAAUCGACGAUCAAAUUAUGUCUUCCGCUGCGCCGGAAACAUGAGAAUUGCGGAUCUCAAAUGAUUUGCACGCAAAAGAAAUAUGUGUAGACGAAGAAGAAGCAAAGGUAAAAAAAUCAUGAAUAUAUAUACACACACACACUGAAAGGUAAAUAUUUUGAUGGCUCUAAAAACCCGCGGAUGUAAGCGGAAAAAAAAAUUGUUCUAGCAAGUAUAAACGUGAAAUUAAGAGAAAAAAAAAUGUUAUUAUAAUAUAUAUAUAUUAAUGUAGUCGUGAUUAUUAAAUGUGAUACCUAAACCAUCCAAAAAGAAGAAAAUGCUAUCAAAAGUUCAACGCGUUGCUGUUGAUGUUUGCACCCACUCUCUCACACCUAAAACAUCAAGACACCCACGACACACGCGCCCUCUAAACUAAAUAAAAACAAAA